AUGACAGAUUAUAAUGCUACCAUGAUUGAAGUUGCGGCGGCAGCAGCUACACCAAAUCGAGAUAAUAAUCCAUAUAAUAUAUUAAGACCUUUAGUUGGAAAUGUUGUUAGUGGACAAACAAGAAUAAUUCCAUCAUUGAUGACUGGUAUGAGUGAUCAAUAUGCAGAAACAGGAGUGGUCACAGCGGCAUCACUUCAACAAAAACAAUUCCAACAUUUACAAAAUGUGGGAUUUCCUACAGGAUUUAUUAACACCACAGAUGCUGUUACAAAUACAGGAUUCAAUCCUACAAAUGCCUAUCAUAUGGCGAGAUAUCCAAUAAACAAUAAUAAUUUGGAAAACGAUGUUAUUGGAAUUAAUGAAUUGACAGCUGCUAAUGGAUUUGUAAAUAAUGGAAUUGCGAGCGGUACAAUAGGAUUGCCAAACAUGCUGAAUCAUGAAAAUGAAAUUUAA